AUGUAUCAGACUGUACGGAGAAGUUCUGUCGGUGAACCGCGAGUUCUGGGGAACGGGACACAGAUACAAGGUCGACUCGGGCGUCAGGGCGGUGACGAUGGUAUUAAAGAAACACGUGCCAUCAUUCGUGAUGAUUGGAGGGCAGUGGUGCAGUACAAUGGCCAGCCCCAGACGUGCUCCAUAUGCAACUCCACAGAGCAUAUGCGCGCAAACUGCCCAAGAAACAAACGACCGGCGCAACUGCCACGGCAACCGAAUACGAAUGCCGAGCAACAGAACAUUACCGGCAACUACGCCGGAGCUGUAGCUGGAGAAGCGCCACGUUUAAACGAAGAGCCGGUCGUAGCCGUAGCAGCCACAGAAGCGACAGCGGAAGCGGCAGCCCCUACCGCCGCCACGGAAAGCCCAGCGGCUCCCCCAACCCCUGCCGCCGUCCCGGCCCCGGCCGUGGCCAGCGCAGGUAGCGCGGGAGAGAAACGGCAGCUCAGCUCCGACUCGGAGGGCGAAGGCACAAUGGAGUGCGAGGUGGCCGCAGCCCCCGCCCCCUCCCCUGCCAUCCGACGGCAGAAGGUAGCGGAGGUCGACGCCCCCGUCCAGGAAGCAGCUGUGGCCAGCCAGACGGCCGGACCCAGCAGCAACACGCCACAAACGUUUAGUGAGAUGCGCGAGGCCAACAUCAAGAAAUCUGUUAACAAAAUUGCGCGCAUGCUCAAAGAGUCGGACAACGAGAGGAAGGACACCAACACAGAGCGGCAAAAGCCGACAAAACCGAAAAGGAAAGGCGCCAGGAGGAGCCACGAUAACGCAGAACGGAUGGAGACAUCUGAUGGAGAAUCAUCAGACGCACCACCCGCAAAAACCGUAGCGCACACCAGCAAACCCGAGGACGUCGUCCUACGGCCUGACCGGCCACAGCACACACCCGUCCCGCCCCAGCAAAGCGCCCGACGACCCUCGUUAUAA